AUACGACCAGGGAUACAAACAGAGAUACGACCCGAGAUAAAAACAGAGAUACGACCUAAGGCUGAAACCGAAAAGCCACCAAAGAUACAACCAGGGAUUCAAACAGAGAUUCAACCAGAUAAACAAAGAGAUAUACAAUCAGAGAUACAACUUAAGAUACAAACAGAAAUGCCACCAAAGAUACAACCAGGGAUUCAAACAGAGAUACAACCAGAUAUACAAACAGAGAUGCAACCAGGUGUUCAAGCAGAGAUAGGAACAGGAAUGCAAACAGAGAUACAACCCAGGAUACAAACAGAAAUACAACCAAGGACACAAAAAGAGAUACGACCAAGGAUACAAACAGGGAUACGUCAAGAGAUGCAAAGAGAAACACAGAUAAAAGCAGGAACAGAGAUUCAGGUAAUUGGUCGUGUAGGGGAGACUGUCACACUGCAGUGUCCUUUGAAUCUACCAUCAAGAAUCUCAUGGAUGUAUGAUGACAAUGGAGAAAAAAUACCUCUGGCUGAAUAUAGAGAUCAGAAGUUUAUCAGAGUGAAUAACAACUAUUUCAUCAACCGUCUGGAUGGAUCUAACAGCGAAACUGUAUUACGGAUCAAAAAACUGAGAAUGGAGGAUAGUGGAGUCUUCACUGCUCAUAUUACUGUUAAUGGAAGCACUACAGAUAUUAGUUAUGUUCUCAAUGUAUUUGGAAGAGGAGACAUCAUUCUACAGGUGAUUGGCCUUGUAGGGGAGACUAUCACCCUGCCAACCUAUCUUAAUCUGGCAGAACCCAUUGAAAGAAUCUCAUGGAUGUUUCAUGACAAAGGGAAAAAAAUAGUCCUGGCUGAGUUCAGGAACCACAAGUUUAGCAGGGUAAAUAAACAUUAUUUCCAUAACCGCCUUGAAAAAUCGAAUUAUGGAACCGCAUUAAGGGUCAGAGAGCUGAGAAUGGAGGAUAGUGGCAUCUUCACUGCACACAUUCAUGUUAAUGGAAGAAAGAGAGACUUCUCUUAUAUUCUAGUUGUGUUCGAACUUAUACCAACACCAGUGAUAGAAGUGACAUAUGAUAUUUUUACUGAUGUCUCUAAUCUUCAUUGUUCUGUCCCAUCAAACUCAACAAAGUUGUCUUACAGUUGGAUCUAUAGAGAUAAUGGCACUGACAUACUAUAUGCCAAUGGCAGCACAAUCAGUUUAUUAGUAAAGAAUAUGGCACCAGAGGCAGAAUUUAUUUGCUUGGUACAAAAUCCUGUUCACAGAAACAGUGUGUCAGUCCUUUUAAAGUCACUUGCUGAGAGACAUCCAGAGAUACGACCAGAGAUACGACCAGAGAUACGACCAGGGAUACAAAAAGAGAUACAUCCAAAGAUACAAACAGAGAUACAGCCAGAUAUACAAACAGAGAUAGAAGAAGAGAUACAACCUGAGAUACAAACAGAGGUACAAACAGAGAUUCUUCCAAAGAUACAACCAGGGAUACAGCCAGAUAUACAAACAGAGAUAGAAAAAGGGAUACAACCAGAGAUACGAACAGAGAUACAAACAGAGAUACGACCUAAGCUACAAAAAGAGACACGAUCAAGGAUACAGCCAGAAAUACAAACAGAGAUAGAGGAAGAGAUACAACAAGAGAUACAAACAGAGGCACAAGUAAAAGGACCAAAAGAAGAUUCUCGGAAACUGACCGCAAUAAUUGCAGUUUCCGUACUGUGUGUAAUAAUUGUUGGUAUAGGUCUUUAUUAUGGAAUAAGACGAAAACUAAAGGAUAAAAACAAGGCUGAUACUAUUACAUACAGUAAAGCUCAAAUAAAUCCUCAGGAUAAUGAACAAACAAUGGACACUGUUACUUACAGCAACGUUCAGAAAAACAGUCAGGAUGAAGUGCAAACUAAAGACACUGAAGUUCAGAUAAAUCAGAGAAAUAUACAGGAUAAAGAGCAAACUAAAAACACUUUUACAUACAGUGAAAGUCAGAGAAAUUCUCAGGAUGAAAAGCAAAAUAUAGACACUAUCACAUACAGGGCAGGUCAGAUAAAAACUCAGCAGGGAGAAAACCAGGCAAGGCACCACAAGCAUCAGAAAGGAGAGUGGUCAGAUAUUGGCACAGGAACUUCACCAGAUCUUAAAAUGAAUGACCUGUGGCAGAAUAUAGAAAAUGUUGGUUGUCCUGCCCCUAACAGGCAAAACGUGAUGAGCAGUGUAUCUGGUGAAUUUUACCUUUCAGAUCGUCUUGAGCAUUCUGGAGCAAGUCUGCAUGGUGCCUCGUCACAUCUGACCAGGUCUGCUGGAUUAUCAGAAGCUACAAGUCUAUGUAAAAAUUUCAAUGAAGUCUCCAUUCCAACCUCUGCAUUAUCUGCCUCUUUCUCUCCUGGAUACCUUGUGUCCUCAAUACAAAGCAACCAUAAGGUUAAAGAGCAAAGUAAAGACACUAUAACAUGGGACAGUGUUGGUCAGAUAAAUACUCAGGCUAAAGGAACUAAAUAUUCUAAUACACACAAUGAAGCUCAGAGAAAUACUCAGGAUGAAGUGCAAACUAAAGACACUUUUACAUGCACUGAAGUUCAGAUAAAUCAGAAAAUUAUACAGGAUAAAGAGCAAACUAAAAACACUUUUACAUACAGUGAAAGUCAGAGAAAUUCUCAGGAUGAAAAGCAAACUAUAGACACUAUUACAUACAGGCGUGGUCAGAUAAAAACUCAGAAUGUAGAAAAUGUUGGUUGUCCUGCCCCUAACAGGCAAAACGUGAUGAACAGUGUAUCUGGUGAUGGUCUUGAAUACUCUGGAGCAAGUCUGCAUGGUGCCUCAUCACAUCUGACCAGGUCUGGAUUAUCCGAAGCUACAAGUCUAUGUAAAAAUUUCAAUGAAGUCUCCAUUCCAACCUCUGCAUUAUCUGCCUCUUCCUCUCCUGGAUACCUUGCAUCCCCAAUACAAAGCAACCAUAAGGAUAAAGAACAAACUAAAGACACUAUAACAUACAGCGUUGAUCAAAUAUAUACUCAGGAUAAAGGAACUAAAUACUCUAUUACACGCAGUGAAGCUCAGAGAAAUACUCAGGAUAAAGAACAAACUAAAGAUACUAUUACGUACCAUGAAGCUCAGAUACAUACUCAGAAUAAAGAGCAAACUAGUGACACUUUUGCAUACAAUGAAGUUCAGAUAAAUACUAAGAAAAAUAUGCAGGGUAAAGAGCAAACUAAAGACAUGAUGACAUAUAGUGAAUUUCAACCAAAUACUCAGGAUGAAGUACAAACUAAAGUGCAAGUAUACCGUAAAGGUCACAUAAAUACUCAGAAUCUAGAAAAGGUUGGUUGGCAGGCCUCUAACAGGCAAAAUGUGAUGAGCAGUGUUUCUGUUGAUUGUGACGAAUACUCUGGAUCAAGUCUGUAUGGCACCUCUCUACAUCUGACCAGAUUAGAUGGAUUAUCUGAAGCUACAAGCGAUAAAGCACAAACUAAAGACUCUAUUACAUACCUUGAAGGUCAGAUAAAUACUCAGAAUAAAGAGAAAACUAAAGACAAUAUUACGUAUUGUGAAGGUCAGAUAAGUACUCAGAAUAAAGAGAAAACUAAAGACAAUAUUUCAUACUGUGUUGGUCAGAUAAGUACUCAGGUUAAAAAACAAACUAAAGACACAAUUACAUACAGUGACGUUCAAUCAGAUACUCAGUUGAUGAAAACUCAAACUAAAGGCACUACUACAUACAGUGAAGGACAGCUAAAUACUCAGAAGCUAGAAACUGAUGCUUUUGCUGCUACUAACAGGCAACAUGUGAUGAGCAGUGUAUCUGGUGAUCAUCUUGGAUACUUUGGACAAAGUCUAUAUGGCGCCUCUUCACAUUUGACCAUGUUUGCUGGAUUAUCUGAAGUUUCAAGUCUAUGUAAAGUUUGCUCCAGAGUAUCGGUCCCAAUCUCUGCGUUAUGUUCCUGUUCCUUUACUGGAUGCCAUAUGUCCUCAAUGGAAAGUGGUCAUAAGGUUACAAAGCAAUCUAUUGAAACUAUUACAUACAGUGAAGGCCAGAUGAAUAGUCAGAAUGAUGAAAUACGUGAAGACAAUAUUACAGAUGAUAUAAGAUCCCUCUUAAGGCCUCGUCUUGAGAAUCCAGUGCAGAGACGUGCAAUUAAACUGGUUAAAGGAAUGGAAGAAUUAAGCUAUGAAGAAAGACAAUCAAGUGGAAACUUUCCCCUGUAGCUCACAAUCAAACAGACAGGGUCCAUAGACUUGGGCAACAUCACAUCAACCUACAUCUGUAGCCCUGAGAAUUCUACUUCAUGCAGUAAACAUGUUACGAAGUCUGCACAUACUUAUAACAGUUUGCAAACUGACCUAUGUGACAACAUAAUGAGGGAGAAUCAAUGAGUGGAAAUGCACAGAAGAGACUUGCAGCCAACGGUUAUAAGACCAGAACUUUGCAGCAAUGGAUUCCUUGAAAUUCUCAAGACAUGAGGGAGGACUAAAAAUUGGAGAAAUUGUGUUUGGAGGGCCCUUUACUUGUCUUUUAAUUAUUUUUUCUUUUUGAAUCCAAAUCAACUAUUUGCUUAUAAUCUGCUUACAUGGAUGCUAUUUGCUCAUUUUCCUGCUAUUAAUUCAAUAAGCAUUACGGUAUAUCAAUCAAUGUGGUAUUGUUGUUCAUUCCUUUGUAUAUUGGCUGCAAAGCUGUUGAUGGAACAACUUU